GCUGCACGAAGCCUCAAUGGCUGCUGGACAUGCCGUGUUCGUCGGAAGAAAUGCGAUGAGAACCGCCCCGCAUGCACCAGGUGCAUCUCCCUGGACCUGGAGUGUCAUGGAUACGGCCCGAGGCCGUUCUGGAUGGACAAUGGGGCCAUGCAAAACGAACAGGCUUCGAAAUUCCGGCAUAUGGUCAGUCAAGCCCGGUCAAGAAAGAGAAGGCAGAAGUUGCUCCUGUCGACACUCUCGCCGUCUCACAAUCCUGGUAAGGACCCAAAUGAUUGCAUACAGCCUAUCCCGUCGUGCAUGUCGCUCAAGGACGAGUGCCACGAUCUCCCUCGAGACAGCGAUCUAGCUACUUUGAAUUCCCUGGCAUGCAGUGCUCCGUCCCCACUCCAACCUCAAUCCAUCCCCACCACCGCAGGCCUCUCAAUCUUUCUGGAGGAGGACUAUGCCACGUCAUCGCUGUUCUCUAAGAGCAUGGAAUGGGUGCCGAGUUCAUUCUCACCCGCAUCGUCUGUAGAAGGGCUGCUGUUAACCCCGAGCCUGCCUGAGCUGCACGAGCCCGGGAUUGUAUGGGGCAUGGCGUCGGAGGAUUUGGGGCUGACGAGUAAAAGCGCCCUGCCGGACCUGGAUGAUCUGAUGUGGAGCGCAUCUCUGGAUGGUCCCCACUACCAGAAAGAGGCUCCUUGGACUACCGAUUUGAUCAACCGUAAACCAACGUCCGACACGCAUUUGCUAGCGACUGUUGCCACCUGCGGACCAGCCACAUGGUCAACGAGCCCCUCCGACCCAACCAUGGGAGGAAGGACUGAGGAUGAGUUGCUGAUGCACUACCUGGAUCGGGCUUUCUAUGUCCAGUAUCCCUUUUAUCACACCCGGGAUCGACAGAGACGAGGUUGGCUCUUGUCGCUUCUCCGGCGAGUCAAACCCGCGUACUAUGCCAGCCUGGCGCUCAGCGAGCGCGACCUUCUCUCGACCUCGCUCUCCAGAGGUGAACUUCGGAUGCGCUUGACUGAGCUGCGCGCCAAAGAUGGCUAUUACGAUCUAGCCCUCCAAGGAAUGCAGCGCAUCAUAGCCGGGUCAUUUAGUUGGCAUGCGCAGACGCAGCUAGCCAAUAUCUCUACUGCCUGUAUAUAG